AUAUUUUUGGCUCCAUAUUAAAGUAAUGCGGCGUCGCAAGGAAAACGAUGUCACGAGCUAAAUAACAUCGCGACGGCGGUGAGCGAUGUCAAGUUCAGUGGCGUCGCGAGAUCAACGACGCCGCGUGAUAAAAAAUUUCAACGGCACUGCAAGUUCAGCAUGAUGCCGCAAUUCAACUAGGUUGUGAAUCAGCGCCAACAAAUAACGUUGGGUUACGAGGGAUGGAAUUAAAAAAACGAUGUUGCUUAGACCAAAGAAACAUCGUGGAGUUCAACGACGCCGCUAGUUCAACGAUGUCGCGAGAUUAGCAGCAUCGUGAGAUUUAAACAACGUCGUGGAUCCAACGAUUUAGUGAGCUGAAAGGCAUUGGGAGUUUGGCAAAGCCGUGGAGAGCUCAAAGUGGCCGCAAGGUUCAACGACAUUGCGAGAUCAACGAUGAUGCGAGUUGCAACGGUGGUGUGUGGUCAACGACGCCGAGAGAUACAACCUUGCGGCGAGUAUGCGGUGGUGAGGGGUGAAACAACAGUGUUGUUUAAUCGAUGGUGGUGCCGUGAUUCGAACCGUGGUGGUACAAAGUUGAUGUGGGCGCACGUGACUUCUACGCAAGGAAGAUUGGAGAACGGAUGCGAGGCAGUUGAAGACUACAACUUCGUGAAGAAGGAUGGAGCAUGUGGGAAUUCAUGACGGAGCAGUUGAGGAAGCGAUUCCACUGAGCGUGAAGGCUACGCAUGUGAUUUCAAAUAAAACCACCAAAGCAAGGAGAGAGAAGGGGACAACCAAAAAUCAACAUAGAACAACUAUGUUCCUAACAUUUUUUCUCUGUAACUCCGUCACGGAGCUCUCCUUACAGGAAGGAUCUCCAUAGUCAUAGCAGUGGUCGUAGUCGCGGAGCUCUCCACAGGAAUCUCCAUAGGAGUAGUCGUAACGUAGAUUCCUCAAUAACUCAAACACCCUCGUUCGAACAUUGUUUGGAGAGGUGUGGACCGAUUAAUGGUCGUUCUUGGUUAGAAGUCAGAGGUGCAUCGAUCAGAUCAACAUCGCCCGACGGUGGAUAUUUGACGGUCACGUUGAUUUCAGCUUUCAGAGGUGCAUCGAUCAAAUCAACAUCGCUCGACGCCCGGCGGUGGAUAUUUGAUGGUCACGUUGUUUUAAACAUUCAGUGGUGCGUCCGAUCAAACGCCACCGCAAAGGUUUCCACAUCGAAACAAUCAAAUCAACACCGCCCGAAGUCAUUCGGCGCAGGCGGUGGUAUUUGGUUUUCGCGGAAAACAUGUAGAUCGCCGAUCACCGCAGUCCUCAAAACACAAGAAUAUGCCGCUCAAUCUCAGUCCGACCAAGACCCCGAAGGCCGAACCCGUUAUGAUAGCAUUAUUCUAAUUUCUAGGUUUUCCUCAAUCUACUUGUAAGCUUGCUUUGAAAAAUCUUGCCCCCGACAAAUGUUACUACACGUCUCCCUUUCCAAGUCCCCGUCGUCGUCCAAGUUCUCGAUUCCCUCCUCGGCUGCAAUACACCCUUCAUUCUCCCAAUCAAAACAACCAAUUCACUCUGACUCCCCUUGUCUCAAACCCGCAAACAAAACCAUCCAUUUCAAACCAUGCCUCCCUCUCCAACUCGACGACUACCUUCAGAUCUAUCUCGCCGUACUUCUCCCACUUGGAGCUUCCGGCUCGUUGACGACUCCAUCAGUCAACACGUGUUAGGCAUGGUUUACAAGGGAUUUGAUGAAUGGGAAUCAUCAAGUGGAAUGUUCUUGAUGGCCGGAGUCACCGUCAGAAUCACUUGACCGGCUACAAGACUGUGUUUGGGGAGUGACAGAAUGGAAGAAAUGCAGUUGCUUGUUGCAGAACACAAUCCUGAUGCAUCUUGGAUUAGAAGGAAGUGGGUUCAAAUGAAGGACGACGUCGUCCUGAAGAAGAGAAGGUCUUGCUGAAGAAAGGAAGGAACAACAACGUUUUCAUUAUGUACUUAGCCGUUAGUAUUUACUGUUUGUUUAAAAUUAAAAGCCUAUUGUGUAAGGACAAGUGGAACAAUUCGUUAAUGAUCAUUGUAGCUAUAAAAGCUACAGAGAACUCAGUUUUCUGCUGAGAUUCUCUCCCAAAAUCUCUUAUUUUACACUAAAGUUUUCAGGGAGGGCGACGACAAUUCAUCUUAUGGGAAUUGCUUUUUUCAGAUGAUUUAGGGUUGUUUGUUUUCAAAUGCAUUAGCGACAAACUUGAAAUUGUUAAUAAAUUUAAAUUAUUUUA